AUGAACCCCCUCAGUUUCCUGCGGAAAUGGUACCCGGCAGAUAGCCCUAAGGAAGAUGUAUUUGAUCCUAAGGUGCAUCUGGAUUACGUCCCACCCUCAAAGAAAUUCACGAUGAAAGACCUGCUUUUAGAACCAAGUGCUACUGCAUCCUCCAUUGCAGGAACAGUGCCUUUCUCCCUCUUGUCAACCGAGGGCGUCAGGGCUUACCGGAGAGCUCUGUUUCAGAAAGAGGUGACAGACAAUUGCGCCAGCUCUCCCUUCCCGGGGACUUUAGUACUACGUGAUGCGGCAAAAAGAUCGAAGUUCAUCAAUGACUUCUGGACACACCCCAAAACAAUGGCAAUCGUAUCCGAGGCAGUCGGUGUGCCCCUGGAGGUGAUAAUGCCAACGGAGAUCGGACACACAAAUAUUCAGGUUGAAGGAAACACCGUCACGGAAAUGACAAGUAACCUGAGAGUUGAGCCAGUGGUGGAAAAGCUUGAGCUCAGCGCUGAAGACCGAGGCUACGACCCAUUGAAGGACAAGAAUUCAAUCAUACCCUGGCAAUACCUAACUUGCAAAAGCUACGACUCAUACCCCUACGUAUGUGUACUGAUGUUGAGUGAGACCGAGGGCAUGAUCGGCGGGGAGACAUAUAUCAAGAAAGGAGAUGGGGACGCACAAAAGGUGAGAUUCCUCUUCAUUUUCCGAAUCCAAUCCAGUCAACUAAUCUUCUACAUUCAGGUUGAAGGACCACAGCUUGGACAUGCAGUGAUGCUCCAAGGUGGAGAGGUCUGUCAUCUCGCUGCUCGCGCAAAAGGCGUCAAAGAACGCAUCUCCACCAUCACCUCCUAUCGCUCGAAGAAUCCAGGAAUCUACGACUCCAGUUACAUAACCAAUGUGCGGCCCUAUGCAGACAUAGACUCCCUAUAUCCUGAAUGGGCUGAAUACCGUCUUCGAAGAUUGAGGGACGAGCUUACAUACUUUCUUGGCGAAAAAAGCAAGAAAGAUGACCCCGUCCGAGAGAGAAAAGAGAUACACAACCUCAUCGAACAACAGAUCGACUACUUACAACGAACCUCUCGACAAAUGGUCAGCCCCGAGCAUACCAAGCGCAGCGUGGAGAAAUACGGAAAGCUAGCAUAUUAUGAUUCCCCAAAGAUAUGGAAAGCUCUUCAAUCGCUGCCUGAUUUUGAGAUUAUUGCGUCGGCAGCAGACUCGAAGCGGCAAUGGAUGCCGGAAAGUCCUUACUGGAUGGAUCUACAGAGAUCUAUCGAGACGAUCAAGCUAGGAACCCCGCUUCAGAGUGCGCUCGGAACGGCAGUGCUGGACAAGAAAAGGGCCUAUUGUAUGGGCGACGAGCUCUUGCGCCAAGGACUCAAUGAGCUAUUUCUGGAUUGGCUCGAUGAUUCAGGCCUUUUAGAACUAUAUCAUCAACUGAAGUGA